AACUUGUUACCUCGUGUAAUCUCGAGCAUCGAGAUCAUCUUUGUUCUUGGACGCCUUCUUCGCCGCCAUUUUUUACUUUGUGACUUCCGCUACCUUAGUAUCUCCAGUCUACCAUUGGACUCACGGUCAUCUCGAUGUUGAAUGGUUAUACUUCGUUUUGUCACAUUUGAGAAGUUAUGAUAAUCCUUCAUUCGGGGACGAGAUCGUGUUGGUGAGAACAGUACAACAUCGAACUGAAUAGUCGUGAUCUAAAUUUGAGCGAUUAUUUCUUCACUUCAGAAGCCUAAAACAUUCAUUUCCCCCUCAGCUCCCAGACAUGGAGAGUUAAUAUUCUGAUUCUGGAAAAAUUCACCUCGGAAGCGAUGGGUAAUUAACUGCGAAAUGUGGCCAUAAUUCCGACCAUUUGUUUUAAUACCACGAUCGAGUCACGAUGGAUGCAGCCUACUUUUCGAAGGCAAUACCUACCAAUUUGUUGAGGUUGUCAUGGAUUUCAGCAAUUCGGUUAUUACAAAAAUACUGAAGCUAGCCUUGAAGCCGGGCUGCAAAGCGGUCGGCCGCGAAAUUAAACGAAGUAAACUAAAUUCGUCUCCAAAGCAGUUGAUACUUUACCGCCUCGCCGGAUGAAAUCUCCUCUCAAAACGACAAACGGUCGGUCGGAACAGCAAAGCUCUGUAAAUUGGAGGCUACUUGUGGCCGCAGCUGUCUCGCUGUUAGCCAUCUAAAACAAGAUUUUUGUGGCUGGAGCUAAUCGAGACAGGCCCGUCAGCCGCAGUUUCGAAAAACAAUCCACUUCAGACAGGUGAUGUAUAUGCAGUGUGUAUUUCACAGGACAUAAAUGUGAACAAUGGUGGUUGUCUUUUCAGCCAUUUAUCACAUUUUAUCGCACUGUCCUUCUGUUGCAGAUUUAUCCAUUUGAAAGAAAAUUUUUGUUCACUCUGACGUUCAAACUCGCAAGCACUACUAGACCUUUGAGGAAUUCAACAUUCUGAUCAUGAGAUUCCUGUAAGGGGACAGGAUACAACUCACUUCAAUUUGCUCUUCAGAUUUGAAUGCGAGAGUUGCUUUAGCAUGAGAGUGGCUGGCAGUCUGCUUUUAUUUUCAUGAAACAGCGACAUAAACGUAUGACAAAGGUAGAAUUGCAUAGGACCCCAGUCAGUGUUAGAGAGGGACUGAUUACUCAUGCGAGAAUCAAUGAGGGACUUAAGUCCGCACUUCAACUCAAAUGUCAUUUUUUCUAUUACUCUUUAGAUCCCGUUGUCAGGAGGUCAGGAUGUCUAACAGCUCCAAUUUCACCAACUCCAGCAUUCCUUUCCGUGUUAGCUCACCUUUCAUCGCUAUACAAUAUCUGGUGACGUGGUGUAUAGUGUACUUGAUUAUCGCCGCUUUCGCAAUAUGCGGAAACGUCCUCAUCAUUUUUGUGUUUUCAAAGAAGCGACACUUGAGGACAAGAACCAACUACUUUGUAAUUGGUCUAGCACUUGGUGAUAUCUUGGUGGGAACUGUAACAAUUCCAUUGUACGCAACCUUAUUAAUCUUAUUGUUCAAUCAAGACUUUAAAGGAGCACACCUCGUUGAAACGAUAUUCAGCCCGUUGGAUAUUCUUUCUGGAAUGUUAUCCAUUCUUCAUUUGAUGACAAUCAGUGUUGAGCGUGUGUAUGCCAUCGCUUUUCCCUUGCGUCAUCGCACGUCGUCAGCACGAUUCAACUUUAUAGUGCUUGGGAUUGUUUGGUUAACAGCCGCUAGCAUUGCGUCUUUAAAUUUCUUCAUCCCAAAAGGACCCGAGUGGAAGGGUACUUUCCUUAUAUAUUCAACACUUGGCUUUUUUGUGCCAUUUUCAGUCAUUUUCUUUGCUUACACUUCAAUUUGGAUCGUAGUUAAAAGUAGAACAAAGAUACCGCGAAACAGGGCUCGUGUUGUGAAAAAAGAAAGUCGUACUGCAAUUACCAUUUUUGCUUUAAUUCUCCUCUUCCUCGUCACGUGGUUGCCAUUUUUCAGUCUCAAUUUAGUGUUGUUCUCAUGUUCGACUUGCGCAGCCGAUGUGUCAAUCCAGGUUGUUCUGUUCUUCAAGGCGCUACAUUACAGCGGGUCAGCAUUAAAUCCUUUAGUAUACUCAGCGCGCAUGCCUGAGUUUCGAAGGCCAAUCACUAUUCUUCUCAAAGAGAGACGAUUGACCGGAUCUUUUUAUCGUCAAUCGACUGACCGAUAUUCCUUCAGAAGAACGAGUUCUCGGCGUUAUGAUGUUGAGCUGUCUGACCUUCAUGAAGGACAGAGCACUUGUAGUGGAAGUGAAAUUAUUGGGGUCACCUCAAAUGGAAAUGACUCAGAAAAGUAAUGAUUUUAGAAUUCACUAUAUAUAAUUUCGCAAAAUGCUUUUGAUUACAAUAAACAUAUGACUUGCUAAAUACUAAUAGAAGUAGCCAUAUCAAAUUCAAUAUUCAUUUUACUGUUUAUAAAGCUGGGCAAAGUGAGUUAAAAUUCACUAUAUCACUGAGAGAAUCUCCAGUUACCCUAUGAUCUCGCCAGCUCAUAAAAGAAUCUACCUUGGUCUGUCGCUACCUCAAAGUAGUCAGAAAGAAACAGGGUUCUAGAUAUUAAGUAAUUUAUGUCUCAAUAACGCGUAGCCUAUGUUUACAAUUCUUGAUUUGAUUCCUCAGUUCUGGGAGACGUACAGUGGAUUGGAAGAUAACAGACUUGUAGAGGCUCAAUGAAAAUAGAUAAACCAAAUAUUGUCGCUAAACGGCAUCAUUAAAGGUAUCAGUCAGCCUGGAAAUAAAGCCCUUGCUAUUGUUUAAUAAGAUGGGCUUUUAAACAGAGUGGUUUAAAAGUAUAUUCGAGUGGGCUUAUAACCAGAAUUAGAUUUAAAAGCGAAAACGGUUUCGAAACGAGUUAUUAUAGUAUUUAUUGAUGUAUAUCAGUAUCUGGAUCAACAAUAAAAUGAA